UCGUCACCGUCUGAGCUUUACCAAACUCCAGUCAAUGGCGAUGAUGACGACGACGACGACAUUCUUCCAUUCACUACUUCCUUCCACCACUUACAAAUCCGGAGCUCUCUCCUCUUCCUUCGUCUCAGUUCCUCCUUCCUCAACUCCCUCGUCUCUCCAUUUCCGCUCGCUUGUUUCGGACACGUCAUCAGUUUUUGCUCGAAGGAAGUUAACCGGAAAUCUCAGAAAAGUAUCCGUAACUGUCUCCGCCUCCGCAACAACUUCACCUCUCACCGUCCUCGUCACCGGCGCCGGUGGAAGAACAGGGCAAAUCGUGUACAAGAAAUUGAAGGAGAGGUCUGAUCAGUUCGUGGCGAGAGGUUUGGUGAGGACGAAAGAGAGUAAAGAGAAGAUCGGUGGAGAGGAUGAAAAACUGUUCAUCGGAGAUAUUUGUGACCCUGAAGCCAUAGCUCCUGCUGUUCAAGGGAUUGAUGCUUUGGUCAUUCUUACGAGCGCUGUGCCGAAGAUGAAACCUGGUUUUGAUCCUAGCAAAGGAGAGAGACCUGAGUUCUAUUUUGAAGAUGGAGCUUUUCCUGAACAGGUUGAUUGGAUUGGUCAGAAGAAUCAGAUAGAUGCUGCUAAGGCAGCAGGAGUUAAGCAGAUUGUUUUGGUCGGGUCAAUGGGAGGAACAAACAUAAACAACCCCUUGAAUAGUAUUGGCAAUGGCAACAUUCUGGUUUGGAAGAGGAAAGCUGAGCAGUACUUGGCUGACUCCGGUAUUCCAUACACCAUCAUCAGGGCGGGUGGUCUGCAGGACAAGGAAGGUGGCAUCAGAGAACUAAUUGUGGGAAAAGAUGACGAGAUUCUUGAGACAGAAACAAGAACAAUCGCAAGGGCUGAUGUUGCUGAAGUCUGCGUUCAGGCGUUGCAGCUAGAGGAGGCAAAGAAUAAAGCGCUUGAUCUGGCCUCAAAGCCAGAGGGAACAGGCACCCCAACAAAGGAUUUCAAGGCACUUUUCACUCAAGUUACCGCUCGGUUCUAAUCUUUUGUU